UUCCUUCAUAGUCUUACUACGACAGUAUAGCGGACAUGUUUGAAGUGAGUGCAUGUACAGUACAUACUAGUAAUUAUCAGAUGACAGACACAGAGCUAAAGGUGACUAUUAAUGGGAGGGUUACCACUGAGGUCAUAUUGCUGAGGGCUUAGUAGGGCAGGUCUGCGUCCUCUAUUCUAACACCUUAGGAAAUCCCCUUAUCCUGUUGAUGGAAGCUAAUACUCAAACUGCUGAUAAAGCACUCAUGCACAAAGGACUUAUAAAUAGCUACAGGUGAAUAUGUGCAAUGAUCUCUGGGAAAGACUCACUCUAUACCAGUGUAGAGGCCUAAGCCUAAUAAUAUGUAGUUGCGAGCAUGGAUGUUUGGGGUGUUUUUAUUUGUUAUUAUAUUAUAAAUACACACAGAGAGGGCCAAAUGUAACCUUCUGAGACCAUCUCAAAGUCAAAAGUGAAUCUGAAGGUUUCUGAAGUUAGGCUGAAGAGGAUUUUAAAAGAGUUAAAAAGUAAUGUUUGUCAGGAUACAUAGACGAUUUCUCCCAAACCGGUGUUGAACUGUACCAUCGCCUCUAGAUGGCGGUGUUUUUCUAAGAAAGCCUGGUUUGUCAAUGGAAAAGUUUUGGUAACUUAUUACUCUGCCUUACUUUAUCACGUUCUGAAUGCACGAGUGAUAGGUGACUUUUUCAUCAUAAGUCCAUAUUGAAAAAAAGCUCUGUUUUCCUUCAAACUCGUGGGUCAGGCACCGCAUGUGAUGUUGUGUGUGAAACACAUGUCCCGCGGGUGUCAUGUCAGUUCUACAGGAACAGAAUUGAUGCAAUACACUUUGAAAUUCCGGUGUGGUCUUCAAAGUUCUCAGUGACUCAGUGUGACAGAGGAAGAGCAACAGACAGUUAUAUAGAUAUGUGUACCGAUUUUAAAUGUUUUGUAUUUAUUUUAACAAUGAUUAAGUUGACAGUUUACUAUUAAGGGGGACAAUAUGCCGACAACAGAGUUUGGGUAACGUUAGGUUAAUUUAUUUAAUACAUUUUUUUAGCAAAAGAAACACGAGGCACGAAGAUGGACGCACAUUUUACGGAAACGUUAGAAGACUUUAUGGAAAGUGCGCUUGUUAUGUGGGUGUGUCUCUUUGAGAAUAUGGUGGAUGGGGAGCGGACUGACUCUUCACCACACCACUACAUGGAAGUGACCACUAACUCGCAGAAUGCACUCAAAAUAUAUAAGAGACUCACAAAUGGAAUCUUUCUCAAUGAAGUCAUGAGGAUCAUUGACCCAAAUCCCAAAGUGGAGCAGAUCUACCGCAAUGUGAAUGAGGACCAGAUUCAGAGAGUGCAGAAUUUCUCUGUCCUGAACCGGCACCUGCGCUCCUACUACCAGGAGAAUCUACAACAAUUGAUUCUGAUGCCCCUUCCAAAUAUUGCCAUUUUAGGACGAGAUCCUCUCACAGAGGGAGCUGUGGAAGAACUGAGGAGACUGCUUGUGCUGUUACUUGGCUGCGCUGUGCAGUGUGAGAGAAAAGAAACCUUCAUCCAGCAUAUCCAGUCUUUGGACAUUGAAACUCAGACAGCUAUUGCCGUUUGCAUCCAGGAGGUGACCCAGGACCCGCGUGCUGUGCUGCCACUGCAAUAUGCAGAGCUGUGUGGGCUGCAGAUGGAGGAGAUCCAGAGCCUUUUCAGUGUCAUGGCCAAACAGAUCCAGGGCAUGCUGUCUCAGAGAGACACCCACCUGGAGAGGAUUGCAGAGCUGUGUCAGGAGUGUGAGUCCUCUCAGUCACACUCGGCGCCCCCUGCUGGUUUUGGGGAUGGCCCACCAGAAGGACUGGCUGUGCAGCUGGCCGACUGCAAGGCCAAGUUGCGGCGUCUCAAACAGGAGCUGGAAGACAAAGGUGAUCAAUUACUAGACUAUAAGCUGGAGGUUCAAACUCUGGAGAGGGAGCUAAAGAAACUACAGCAAGAGAACCGGACCUUGCAAGGGGAGGCUCGUGUCAGCCGAGCGCUCCGCGAUGAGCUUGACUGUCUGCGGGACCGGGCCGCCAAGGCAGAGCAGCUGCAGACUGAGCUGCAGUCCUGUACACACCGACUGCGCAGCCUCGACCUCUGCCGCACACAGCUGAAGGAGCAGCAGCAAUAUUGCACCACCCUGCAGGAGAACAAGGCUUUGCUAGAUGAGCAGCUGGCUGAUGCCCGGGCGCGAUGCUCUGCUCUACGGGAGCUGGAGAGGGACAAUUUUUUGCUCCGGCAGAAGCUGAUGGAUCUUGAAGGGGAGCGAGACACCGAGAGACAGAGGGUUGAUGAGCUCUUAGAAAUGAACAUGAGCCUGCAGUCGGAACUGAAGCACAGUCCUGUUGUCACCUCUCAUUUCCACCAAUCAGAGAUGUGGAAGAUGGAGUCUGAAGAUGAAGACCAGACUCCAGAACCAGAUUUGAAGCCACUGAGUGUGGAGGUGGACGAGGCCUCCAGCCUGCGGCUGCUGGGCGCUGAGAAUGAGAACGCGGAGCUGAGGAGGCGGCUGGAACUCCUGCAGGCAGAACGGGAGGACAGUGCAGGGGAUAUGAGGGAGGAGCUGGAUCGACUCCGAUGCCUGGAAGAGGAACAUCAGAGCACCCUGAGAGAGUUUCAGAACAUGAAGAAUGAAAACGUCAGCUUGAAAAAAUCUCUUGAACAACUGAAGACAAAACAAGAGCUUAUCAAUACUGAGGAGAAGACGAAAUCCCCAACAGGAGAGAGAACAGCCACCCCGAGAGGAGAGGGGGAAGGAAAGGACACACGAAAAGAGGAGAAGCUGAGAGCGGAUGAAGAAAGAAAAGAGGAUGAGAUAAUCAGAGUGACGAGAGAAGACGGAGAAGGGGAAGAGGUCCUUUAUCAGAAAGAAAAGAAGGAUGAGGAAGGGGUGAUGAAAGUCAAAACUAAAGACAGAGGAGAAGCUGAAGGGGAGAAGGAAAUAGAAAAAGAGAGUGACCUCACCACCCAAAAGGAAAUGAGGGAAGAGGAAGGGACCAGGAAAGAGCAUGAAGCACUCAAACCAGAGAGGAAAGAUGAAGACAAAAAAGAAGUGGAUCACAUACCAAGUAUUGACACCAGCCAUCUCACUGCCCAGCUCCAAGAGGCCCAGGAAGAGACUGACCGGCAGACGGCGAUAUCCCAAGACCUGCGCUCCAAGCUGGGGGAGCAGAGCAAGAAAGCCUGGGAGGCUGAGCAGAGGCUGGUGGUCCUUGAAGCCCAGACUCAGAGGCUCAGAAAAUCUGCAGAGAUGCUGAUCGAUGCCAGGAAACAAAUAGAAGCCCUGCAGAGCGAGUCGCUGCAGGUGGAGGAGGAGCUGACGCGACUGCGCAGCCAGGUGGAGGUGCACAAGAUGGAGGCGACGGUGAUCGCGCAGCUGGAGGGCGAGCGGACGGCGAUGGAGAAGGAGAGGGAGGCGCUGAAGGCCUCGGUGGAGACGCUCAGGGCUGCGGUGCGAAAGAGUGACCAGCUGGAGCUGACCAACCAGACGCUGAAGGCCGAACUCGAGCGCCUGGGCCGUGGCCUGGACUCAGCCCGGCGGCGCGAGGAGGAGCUGGAGGCGGAGCUGCGAGAGUCCAGCCUAGAGGCAGAGUCUGCGGCGCGCGGGCGGGACCAGGCACUGCUGGAGGUGGCGCGGCUGGAGCAGGAGAAGGAGGCCCUCCAGGGCCAGUUGGACAGCCAGCGGCGCGAGCAGCGGCAGCGCGAGAGGGAGGUAGCGCGCCUCCGGCAGCAGCUGGAGAGCACCGCCUCUGCCCUGGAGCACAGCAACCAGAGGGCCUGCAGCCUGGAGGCAGAGCACAGACGGGCUUGCCAGGAGCUUUCCCAUCUGAAAGAGCUCAGCUCGAAACUGCAGGACCUCGAGCGAGAAAUUCAGAGCCUUACUGUGCUAAACACAGAAGGGAAACAACAGAUCAGCUCCCUCACUCAGGAGCUGGCCAAUGAGAAGAUUCGGUCUCAGGAGCUGUCCAAUCAGGCAGAUGAGCUGACCCAGAAGCUGGAGAAGUCGGAGUCCAAUCAGAAAUUGUCCUUGAGCUUCCAAAUGCAGGAGCUGGCCAAUGAGAAGAUUCGGUCUCGGGAGCUGUUCAAACAGGCAGAUGAGCUGACCCAGAAGCUGGAGCAGUCGGACUCCAAUCUCAAACUGGCCAUCGCGUCAGCCCAGAAACAGUCAGAGCAGUCUGCGGUGGAACCAAAGCCAAGUGCCAGGGUGACGGAAGCCUCUGAACCAGACGCCCAGACCUUACCACACGCAGUGGCCCAGCAUGUCUCAGCGCAGAGCAGGCAGCCUAGUGUGGACGUCCCGGAGGUGGGCCCUCAGAUCUCCAGAGAGGCUGAGUUGGCGGGGGGCAGACUGUCCAGAGACCACAGCCCAUGCAGCACAGAGCUGAACGAGAGGUUGAUCGAUGUGGAGAGAGAGAAUGCCUCACUUCAGAAGGAGCGGGAGGCCCUGCAGGCCCAGCUGUCCCAGUGUCAGUCGUCCUGCGCUGGUUUGAAGGAGCAGCUGGACACCUUGCAGCGCCACUCCAUUUCCCUACAGGAGAACUGUGCCAAACUACAGGCCCUCAACACCAAACUACAGGUGGAACAGGCCACCCUGAGUACCCAGCAUGCCUCGGUGGUGGCCCGCUGCAGCGAGAACGAGGCUCGCUGCACCGCCCUGGAAGCGGAGUCGAAGGUGUGGGUGAAGGAGAGGGCGGAGGCCACGCUACGGAUGGAGGCCCUGAGACGAGACCACGACAGAUUGACAGCUCUGCAGGAGCGCCAGGAGGUGGAGCUGGAGGAGCUGCUGGCCAAACACCGCCAAUUAAAAAGCAGCAGCCGCACCCAGGAGGCCCAGUUCAAAGAACUGGAAGCAAGAUAUCAGGAGCUGCUGGAGCGUAAGACGCAGCUGGAGCGCGGAGAGGAGGCCAUACAAGCGGAGCGAGAGAGGAUGGGCAGGAGUGCCCAGGAGCAGAUGGGGAGAGAGAAGGAGCUGGAGAGACUCAGAGCGGACAAUGACAGGUUCCAGGCCCAGCAGAGGGAGUGGGUUCAGGUGCAGUCGGAGCUUCUGGCCCAGGGUUCGGUUCUGCGUUCAGAACUGAACUCAGCCCAGUUGGAGCGCACCCGUCUGGAGGGGGAGCUCAGCACACUCAAGGAGCAGAACCAAAACCUGGACCUCAACUAUAACCGCCUGCAUAGCCAGUACCAGCUUCUGACCCAGCUGAAGGGGAACAUGGAGGAGGAGAACCGGCACCUAGUGGAGCAGAACCUUAGUCUGUCUCAGGAGAACAGAGCUCUAAUGGAGCGGAACCUGGAAAAAAGAGAAGAGCACCACACGCAACAGAGAGAGAACCUAGACAAGCUGAACGAGCUGCGCCGAGAGAAACAGAAGCUGGUGGAGAAGAUUAUGGACCAGUACCGGGUCCUGGAGCCUACCAUGCCCACCCCCACCAAGGCCAAGAAGUCCAAUUGGAUAGCUGACCGGAUGAUGAAGCUGAUAAAGCCGCGUGCUGGCAGAGAGGGCAGAGCUCAGUUUAUCGCUGCCGGGAGCAUCGAGAACCUUGCCGAGACGGGAGACAUCAUACACCACUCACCUCCCCUGCAAGCCUCACCAGACCCUCGCAGUGCACCCGGCUCCCCCAACCCCCUGCGCAGAAUCAAGUCGUCAGAGUCAGAGGAGCCCUCAAAACCUGGGCAGCGUUCGGGCCGCCGCAAGCUGGGGUCCCGUCACGGCUGGGCCUUGGGCAGGGGUGGCCGGGGAGGGAGCAUCUCACAGUCCUUCAGCCCUGGGGAUCAGCGUGGCCACCCCCGCGACCGCUGGCGCAACUCGGAGGCCGUGUGGGAGGCCGAGAGCAGCCCCAGCCCCAGCCGGGACAGCCUGAGCGAGGAGGGCAAGGCUGAGAGUGAGGACAGUCUCAGUAGAGACCUGACCCCAGACCGCCAGAACUUGUCCUCAGGAGCCGAAGAUGCCCUUUCAAACAAUGAGAAAUCCCUGGACUAGGGCAGAUCAGCUGUCAGUAUGCCACCACCGGCCCAAUACAGCCUUUAUGUCAGCUUAAAACAAAUUUACUGAAUGCUGCUUUUUUAAUAUGAUGGGUUUGUGUGGGUCAACAUGAAUGAAAACUUCAUGUUGCGAAUAUGUCUGGAGUGUUUUUUUUACCGCGGUUCUAAAAGAACGUCUGUAUGUGUGUAUUAAAAGCAAUACACGCUUGAUUUGAUUGAGUGUCUUAGUUAGGAUUUGCUGAUUGCAAAAUAUGCAUAUAUCUUUUGCUGGGGUGUACUUGCUGCUUGUAACCAUUGAGGGGCAGUGUGACAAUAGAGUGUCCCAUCAAACUGCUUAGACAAUGACCGUGUCUUUACGGAAGAGAUGUCUACUCUGUAUUUAUAUGUACAGGAUCGCUGAACGGGUCUUUUGGGCUGGACUCGGAGAACUCAGAUGACGUUGUUUGGCCUUGACUGUGGUAAUCUGGAGAAGAGUGCAGGAGCUAAAACAUUUUGGGAGAGGAGUUUUGACAACCCUCCCUAUAGGUGAAUCAUAAUUCAGACACGACAAAUGGGAACGCUAAUACAUCUAAUGAAUUAUGCUGCUGUCAUGGUGUGUCCUCAAUCAAAACACGUCAGCUGGCUAAACCAUUUGUUUAUGAAAGUUUGAUAUACUGAGGGUAAACCAUCAGGACAUGUCAAUCAAUGGACCGGCACAGUGACAAAAAAAACCUCAUAUCUUGCCUGAACAUAGGAAACUUUAAGUUCCUCUAAAUCUUUAAUACAAAGAAUGAAGUCCACUAAAAGUUUACUCAAUAAUUUAUUGGGUUGUCCCCUUUGCUCACAUAUAGCCUGUUCAGAUGGCCAAUAAUGUUUAGCCUAUAAAACCAAUGGAACGUGGAAAAGUGAUCCCCUGUUCCCUUUCCCUCUCUGUACGGUUUCUGAAUUAUUAAGAGCCGUGCGGUCUGAGUGAGGCUCUGCGUGAAGAGCAAAGAUAUCCCUUUGUUCUCUCUAACUGUUUCUUACAACUGCGAUAAACCCCAGUGUGACCUGUCUAUAAAGCAAGGACCAAGAACUUUACAUAAAUGGUCUUAUUCAGUCAUUUUUAUUUCUCCGGCAGAAGAGCGAGGUAGCAGGGCAGUUGAGCUGAUGUGUGCUCACAAAGAUAUUAGCCUUACCCAAACACAGCAGUCUUGAUUUGAGAUAAUGUAUAAUUGCAAUUAUUUAAGUGUGGCCUUGGGACAAUUGCUGAUAUAAGGUGCUCUUGACAAAAACGUCUUAUGUGAUGGAUGGUGAUCGCACUCUUCCUCAUUCCCUUGAACAUGAAGUGACCUCUUGGCCUUCCACAUAAAUGCUCAUGAAUGCUGUUAAGGGCAUGUUCUAUAAUGUGGCGACCGCAAAUAUUUCCUGCAAGGGCCCACACUCAUUCAUCCUCUCUCAUUCUUUCUCCCUCUCACCCUCCCAUCUCUGCUGUCCACCCUCCCUCUCCCUCCUUUUCUGCCUCCCUCCCUCCCUCAUUCUCUCCCUCCCUCUCUUCCCUAGUGUAUUAAAGGCUUUGACGCUCUCAGUAAAAAGCUGAUUUAUUUUGUGGAGAUAUCGAUCGGUCCCUGCAUUAAAGAUUAUAAUUCAUUA